AUGUCGACGCCAAUGACCAUGCCUGUGCCCUUCCAGCAGUUCAUGAUCCAUCCGCUCCAGGUUAACCCCAAAAACCCCCAUCCGCUCCCCCCCUCGCUCGACUCCGCUCACUCUGGGGCUUCGAACCUGUCCCCCUCCAACCAUUCGACGGUCUCUUCGGUCUAUCCCAACUCUACUAGUACUGCUGCUACCUCGCCAGUAUCCAACUUCCACGCAAUGGCUCUCCUCGGCCCCGGUAGCCUCAUUGCCCAUCAGCAGCAGCCCGUCAACCCCAACUCGACCACCCGGGUCUUGCUCUUGGCUGACUUCAACAAGGAGCUCAAGACCAGAGACAUCCAACAUGUCUUUGCCGAGUGGGAAGACGACCGCGGCGGGUUCAAGAUCAAAUGGGUCGACGACACCUCCUGCCUGAUCGUCUUCGCUGACCCUGGCGUAGCCAAGCGUGCCUUCUUGGGCGUCUUAUCCAACCCACCGAGCUCCUUGACCACCAUCCAGCCCGACGGAUCCGGCAAGCUUGCCAAGCUACGUGCUUACAACAAGCCCGACGUCCCCCAGAUCCUGGCCUCCGUCCAAAACCGUCCCCGAUCCCGAUCGAACGCGUCUCAGUCUCUCCAUUCGCGUGCAUCGUCGAUUGCCUCCACGGGCGGACUGGGCCGAAGACCGAGCAUGGGCACCAUGGCUGCCCGCAAUCGAACCUCCUUAUCCGGGCCCUCUGGUCUUGCCAGCCGUGCUGGCUCGAUCGCCCCGAUGUCCAGUAACCCGCUCGGCCAUGCCGAGUUGAUGGAUAACGCAUCUGGGCUUCCUACGAGCAACGGAGGGAGCAUGUCCAUGAACCCGGCGAUCAACCUGCCCAACUCAGACAGUGGCGAUUCAAGUGCAACUAUCGGCUCUGCGCCAGGAUCGACUAUGAGACCCCGCAUCGAAGACGCUGGCAAACGAUUCAUCGCCUCCGGAUUAAGCAAGCCGGCUUCGGCGAUCACCCAUCAACCUAUCAGCGAGCUUGAUGAGCACCCAAACACGGCCACUUACAAUUUGGCCAAUCUGACUAUUGAAGAAGAGAGCGUCACGCCCACUGCAGCAUCUCACUGA